GAUGACAUGCAUUAACUAACUGGGGCCUCUGUCUUUUCUUUCAUUCGAUCUCCUAUCACUGCCUCUGGCAAACAGAAAUCCCUGCAUUUUGUUGCAUCUAACCUGCUGGUCUCCCUGCGACUUGGUGCCAAUGGCGCCUUUUAGUUAACUACGCCACCCAGACCUGUCUCAACUGAAUGCCACUUUGCAUCGGUCCAUCGAAAAAAAAAACUGCAAUCAACACCAUCAGAUACAACCAUGUUCCAUACCUUCGAAGGGUUCGAAAACCCUGCCCUGCCGAGCUCUGCUGGGGGGCGCAACCAGCGUCAACAGUCUAUCGGACGCCGGAUCACCACACUCCGGGCCUGCACGUCCUGUCGGCAUCGGAAGAUCAAAUGCGACGGCGAGAAGCCUUGCGAGGCCUGCAGAUGGUAUAAAAAGGCAGACUUGUGUCAGUAUUCAGACCCUCGGCCAUCGCGAAGGCAUGUGGAGAAACUUUCGACCACCGUGGAUGAGUUCCGGGGAGUGCUAGAGAAGCUUUUUCCCGGGAUCCCAGCGGAGAACCUAGUGAAUUUGCCUCGUGAGACGCUCCUAGAGCUGACGGGAACUGGGUCAUCCCAGAUCGUUGUGCAGGCGCCACACCCAGGAUCACCAGCCACCUCGGCGUCUGUUGAAGCACAUGCAUCUCCAGCCUCCAGUGAAGAUGAAAACCUCGAGUCUCUACAGACAAUACCUGAUCACACAAGAGACGUUGGAAACCUGAGGAACGCCGAAUAUUCGAGUACUAUAUCCGAUGAUGUCAAUGCUUUGUCUCUUUCAGCUACACAGCCAUCCUCAUAUCUUGGUGUGUCUUCUGUGCAUGCCGUGCUGAAAGUGAUUGUCUGGCUAGAGCCGAACUGCCUCUCUUACAUCUCUCGCACUCCAGCUGCUGGUGCUGGUAGAGAAUCCGUCAUGGAUAUCGCUUCCCCCGAGAGCCAGAGCUGGCAGCCCCAAGGGCCCCGACAACGCCAUGGUACGCCAGCGCCCUCUCAGUUGCAGGUACCUGAGUCACAAUUGCUUGACGCUUACUUCACAUACUUCCAACCGUUUGUACCAAUGUUGGACGAACAAUCUUUCCGCCAGACCCACCUUACUUCAUGUCGGAAAGAUGAGCAGUGGCUCGCAUUGCUCAAUAUUGUCUUUGCCUUGGGUAGCAUAGCUGCUUGCCCUGCGGAGGACCUGUCUCACAAAGCCUACUAUAUGCGCUGUAAAAGCUACCUGGUGUUAGAAUGUCUUGGAUCCCCACACGUGGAGACUAUUCAGACACUAGGUCUCAUGGGUGGUUAUUAUCUUCACUACACCAGCCAACCCAACCUUGCGUACUCUAUUAUGGGUGCCGCGUUACGCAUGGCUGCUGCUCUGGGCUUACACAAAGAGAUUUCCGACAGUCAACCUGGGAAUAGUCGUCAGAGGCUAGCUACAAUUGACCAGAAACGUCGCGUAUGGUGGUCCUUGUUUUGUUUAGACACAUGGGGUGGCAUGACUCUAGGGCGACCAAGCAUGGGCCGUCUCGGGCCGACUAUCACUGUGAAACUUCCCCAUUAUAGAGAAACGGGUAAUGUACUCGAUAUUCUCCCUCUCUUGGAAAACGUCCGCUUUUGCAAAAUCGCCACCCAGAUCCAGGAGGUUCUGGCGGUGUCGCCAUUGACAAAGCAUCAUGAAAUGGCACACCUGGAUAGCCAGCUUCUUGAAUGGUAUGCUAAUCUCCCGUAUAUCCUCAAAGACCAUGAACCAUGCUCGGAGUCUAUCGCAAGUACGAGAACAGUCAUGAAGUGGAGAUAUUACAAUCAGCGCAUGCUCUUGUAUCGCCCUACACUCCUUAGCUACGCCAUGCGCCGAGUACCCUACAUUGUACUCAGGUCUGAAGAACGAACAGCGAUCGAAAGGUGUAGAGAAAUGGCAGAAGCUACCAUACAGGAUGUGGCUGCCAAGGCCCAGCUCCAUCAGAUGUCCGGCUGGAACGCCGUAUGGCUUAUAUUCCAGGCCUCAAUGGUUCCGCUUCUGGGUUUGUUCCUUAAUGACGGCACAGUUGAUGACCCACGAGCUACCCUCGAGGCAUGCCAGGCACAGGUGCAAACAACGAUGCUUGUUCUGGCACGACUCCAGCCUUGGAGCCCAACUGCAAAGUCGACGCUGGAGGCCGUCUCGCGGAUAUAUGAAUCCAGCAAAAAGGGCUCUCAAGUAUCCGGGGAAGCCCACAGCGAUGGCUGUGCUACUUCCUGUGAAGAGAGCAUUCCUGGAUCGGUUUCUGGGGUUUCUCCGCCACAGUCCGACCUCAAUCGGGUGAUGGUUACCAACCCGCAUGGAUACAUCGAUCCGCUCGAAACUCCUUUCAUUGAUGACUCGGCUGGUCAGUAUCUUUGGGAUUUCCUCAGCUGGAGCGACAGCAACUUGCUGCAAGGGCUGGCCGAAUUAGACAAUGUGAACGAUGCCAUACUGUUUGGCCAGGAGGAGAGAAACGGGAAGUACGGCAACACUGGUGCUGCUUUUUUUGGAGGCCAGGGUGAUCCAGCAUACUUUCUCAACCAGAGCACAUCUUUCUACUGAUAUUUUUCAUUUUUGUUUGGAACAUAUUGGAAUGAUGCAGGCUCAUGGAUGUCGGUCACUAUGAACUUCGCCUCUUGUUUUUUUCUAUAUGUUUCCUAUACAUUCACCCAUUUUCUCUUGUAUGAUUGGAUCCACAGCUGUUGGUGGUGAAACGUGCUAUGAACGAUGCAUGUUCGGGGACACGAUGUUU